GGCCGCAGAUUUUGUCCCACCUCCAGCGGUCAGGAGAAUGCGGAAGCGUCAACCGGAAGUGUGACUAGAGUCGGUACAUUUGGAAAAAGUUCAUGCGGGCAGAUCAGAUUCGCUGAUGAUCGUCCCCACGAGAGCUUGUCAGUACUAACAGAAUGCUGCCUAACGCCAACACAGCACCGUAAAGUGAUAUAAAUUAAGAAAGGACGGUAUUUAUCCAUAAAACAGUAGGGAUUGAAAUUAGACGAGUUGUCUGACUGUUUUUGCCAUAACUGCACCUUUCCAGAGAAAAACGAACAAUCAAGAUGUCUGACUCCAGUAGCGGCAAGCCCCUUGUGGUAACUUCCUCUGUCUCCCUCAAAGUUACCGCUCCUUCUUUCUACAACCAGCCCAAAAAGUUUGCAUCCGUCGCCCCUCCAAGGCCUAAAGUACAGAUGGCCCCAUCACAGCCCUCAUCAUUUGCAAGCACUGGUGUGAUUGGACGAGUUGGAGAGAUGCCCCCGCCCCCUUCAGCUGUUUGUGAGGACUUCCCGCCCCCUCCUCCUCCUCCGCUGGACGAUGCCGAGCUCCCAGCCCCUCCUCCAGAAUGCCAAAUCACACCCCCUGCAUCUGAUGCCCUUCCUCCUGCAUUCCCAGCCCCGCCCCCAGUUGCAGAAGACCUGCACCUCCCUGCACCUCCCGAGGAGUUUAUCUCUGUACCUUCUGCCUCCUUCCCCCCAACCCCACCACCACCACCACCACCUCCUCUCCCUGAGACCGGUGCAGGUGUCAACUCUCAGAGGCUGUUCGAGAAACAGACAAGUUUUGACAGGCAGCUGGGCUCUUUGACCGAUAUGUUAUCAGAAAUGGAGACUAGUGGACCUUUCAACCCAAAGUUGCCAAGCCAGUUUUCAUCAGCACCAGCUCCGAAGCCAGUAGCACCACCACCAACCGCCCCUAAGCCGGCCCUUUCCUUUCUGCCCCCUCCUGAGCUGCAGGAUCGUCCUCCCCCCGCCCCUUGGGCUGAGGAGCUCCGUGCCCGAACACGGCCGGCCAAUCAGAGCACAGCCUCUGCCCCCGCUCCUGUACAGUCAUUUGCUAAAGGCCCAGCUGUUGCUCCAAAGACCAACUUCCCUCCCAGUCAGUUGAAUUCAACUUUUGGUUCCAAAACGGUUAGCCCUGCACCUUCUGGCGGUGCAAGAGUGUUUAACCAUGCCAUUAAAACCCCCGCCCAAAGCUCUUUCCCACCACCUCCUCCUGCUGCUCCUCCUGCCCCUGUUGCUCCACCUGCCCCUGUUGCUCCACCAGUGAAUAUUCCCGCCCCCACACCUGCUUUCAAUCACUCUGAAACAUCUCCCAUUGGCAGUCAGCAGAGCUUUGCUCCGCCUUCUGCUGCUGCACCUAAGAAGUCACCCAUCUCAUCAUUCAGCAGACCAGCAGGAAACACUGUUCCACCAAAGGUGUCUGGUUCUGGUGGAGCUCCUCUCACUAUGAGGGAGGUAGAAGAGCUGGAGAAAAUGACUAAGGACUUUAUCAAAGACAUGGACAAGCAUCCUCCUGUGAUUACCUCUCCAGCUACAGAAGUGUGUGGUAAAUGUGGAGAAGCUCUAUCUAGAUCUCAGCCAGCAGUAAGAGCGAUGGAGAAACUCUUCCACUCCCAUUGUUUCUGCUGCAUGACCUGCCAGCGCCCCCUGCAGGGCAUGCAGUUCUAUGACCACAACGGCACGCCUCAGUGUGAGGACUGCUACAUGAGUUCUCUGACUGUGUGUUCUCGCUGUGGGGAGCGGAUCACAGAUCGCGUCCUGAAGGCGGUGGGCCAGUGUUUCCAUUCCCACUGUUUCCGCUGCACUACCUGCAGCUGCACACUGGAGGGCGCUCCAUUCAUCACCGAUGACAACAACAACCCCUACUGUGUCAAAGAUUACCAUCGCCGUUUCUCUCCACUUUGCGUAAGCUGCAAUGAGCCGAUUGUUCCCGACCCUGGAAGUGAAGAGACCAUCAGGGUUGUUGCUUUAGAGAAGAACUUUCACCUGAAGUGCUACCGAUGUGAGGAUUGCGCUCGUCCUCUUUCCAUCGAGGCAGACGCUGAUGGCUGCUACCCAUUGGAUGGCAGAAUUCUGUGCAUGAAGUGCCACGCCCAACGUGCCAAGCAGGCCAAGCAGUGAUUGGUGGAAACUUAUUACAAAACCUAAACCAAAUUUAAGACACAUAAUUGGCUCAGCUUUGAAAAUGUAUGUGUUGUAAUUCUCUCUUCUGUUUCACAUUCUCAUUUUCCUCAUGUUUCCUCAGUCAGUUAGCGCCUUUUCUCGACAAAGCUCUGCUGCUUUUUCUGAAUGGCCUUAUUCAGAGCCCAGCCCAUAGCUUGCCCUGUUUGUCCUGGCGUCUUUCUGCUAGGGCCUGAUGUGUGCAAGCACAACGUUAGUGCCUCCAUGUUGACCGUUACAUACGACACAAUUUUUACCCCUACGUUAUUUGAUAUGUAAGGUGUCAGAGAAGUGAUUUUAGGAUUUUUUUUUUUUUUUUUUUUUUUGUGGCUUGAAUUUUUACUGUAGUGGCUGACUCUGUGCAGAGGUAAUGUACUGCACUGCCGUUUGAACCGCGCAGUUCAGCGAGACGUACAACUCCCAGCAUGCCUUUAAAAAAAAAAAAAAAAAAAAAAAACUCAGAACAUCCAUAAAUUGUACCACAGCUGACUACUGAGG